CCGGGGACGUGCUGAGACAUGCGGACUCUACUGAUAUGUAUGCUGUGUGCAGUCACAGCUUAUGCGCAAUACGACUCGCCUAUUCCCCAACGAUUACUAAUUCCUGGAGCUAUACCAGUGGGCAGUACACGACAGGGUGGCUUCCGACAAGGAAGAAUUCAAGCGCCCGUACCAGGAGGACCAAAUAGAAUUCGAAGGCCGGGACUGGGCAGACCCUCAUUCAAAUCCGUCGAUGCUUCGCCUCGUCCCAGCCUCCAGUCACUGGAAGAUCUCGCGAAACCCGUGACUGAAGAACCGGAGGAUGAAAUUGAAAUCAACACUCCUACUGCUUUCUCACCAAGUAUAUUCUCAACACCAGAGCCACAAAAUGACUUCUACGAUAUAACCACCACUUCGCAACCUAAACCACCUAUUGUCUUCAACCCAUCUUUAUUCCAACAAUCAACAUCACCAGCACCAAAACCAGAACCUGUUCGGCCCACGCAAUACCGACCUCUGUUGCUUCCACAGUCUUUUAACCCCGUAAGAAACGAACCAUCUAAACCGCAACCUGUCAGACUCCAACCGUUGUCAAGCAGACCGCAGCGCCCGGUGUUCAGACCAGAACCCAAGCCUUUUGUCGAAGAAGACAAUGAGCCAGUGCAACCAGUCAGACAAUACACAAGACCUACUCAAGAACCCAUCAACCGUGCGCCCGUGAAGGCUGCGCCUCAAAGAUAUACCGCUAGUAACCCUAGGGAGAAAAAACCAGUAGCCCAGAUUAUUCGCAAAUAUCGUGAAGAAAACGAAGAUGGAAGCAUCACGUGGGGAUUCGAAAACGACGAUGGCUCUUUCAAAGAAGAGACAAUUGGUGUAGACUGUAUCACUCGCGGCAAAUACGGGUAUGUUGAUCCAGAUGGACUCAAACGCGAAUAUAACUAUGAGACUGGCAUCCAAUGCGAUAAAAACAAGGAGACACAAGAAGAAAAAGGUUUCAUAGAUUACCAAGAAAAUAAGGCAGUGUUACCUAAUGGUAUUACGAUUGAUCUCGCUGCGAUGGGUAAAAAAUCUAAAAGGCCGUUUAGGUCGCCUGUAAAUCACUAGGUUUAAAGAAAAUGUAUUUAUUCUAGGAAAAUCUAAUUUUAAGGAAGUUCUCGUUAUCUUGUCAUCAUACUGUUAGUAAAAAA